CGUGUCACCUGUCCCGUGCCCCGGGCAGCGAAGCGGUUAACGGGGGGUGGCGGAGGUGGGAUCCCACCCCCGGGGCCGGCCCGGGGGGGCCUUAUAAAGGUGGGCACGGGCGGCCCCCGGGGAGGGGAGCGGGGCCGUGGAGGGCAGCGGGGCCAGGCCAUGCGGGAGCUGCGCUCGUCCGCCUUCUGGAGGGCCGUCCUGGCCGAGUUCCUGGGCAGCCUCCUCUAUGCCCUGCUGGGGCUGGGGGCUUCCCUGCGCUGGGCCCCGGGCCCCCCCAGCGUUGUGGGGGCCGCCUUGGCCUUCGGGUUGGCCCAGACCACCCUGGUGCAGGCUCUGGGCCAUGUCAGCGGGGGUCACGUCAACCCGGCCAUCACGCUGGCCUUCCUGAUGGCCUCGCAGCUCUCCCUGCCCCGUGCCCUGGGCUACCUGCUGGCCCAGGUGUUGGGCAUGCUGGCCGGAGCCGGGGUGCUCUACGGGGUGACCCCCGGCCCCGUCCGUGGCACCCUCGGCCUCAGCGCGCUGCACCCCGGCGUGGGCCCGGGCCAGGGCACGGUGGUGGAGCUGCUCCUGACCGCCCAGUUCGUCCUCUGCGUCUUCGCCAGCUUCGACGACCGUCAAGACGGGCGCCCGGCCAUGGCCGCCGUGCCCGUCGGCUUCUCCCUCGCCCUCGGCCACCUCUUCGGGAUCCACUACACGGGCGCCAGCAUGAACCCCGCUCGCUCCUUCGCCCCCGCCGUCAUCACCCGCAACUUUGCCAACCACUGGGUGUACUGGGCGGGCCCGCUGCUGGGCGCGGCGCUGGGCGCGGUGCUCUACGAGUUCGCGCUGUGCCCGCGGCCCCGCAGCCUGGCCGAGCGCCUGGCCGCCCUCAAGGGAGAGCCGCCCGCCCCCACCGCCGUCACCGCCGCCGUCGCCGCCGCCGAGCCGCCGCCCGAGCCGCCGGCAGAGCCGCUGGAGCUGAAGACGCAGGGGCUGUAACGGGGCCCGNCGGCU